AUGAUGGACAACAUUACGGCGCCCACAAAUGUGGCAGAGGUCGAACAACUUGUCCAGCGCUUCUACACCCCGGGCAACCCCAGAGUCCUCGCAACAAUCGAUGAUCAUCUCAAAGCCAUCCAGCGCUCGCAUGAAGGAUGGCAGAUUGCCGACGCUCUCCUUGGGAGUCAAGAUCAAAAGGUCCGAUUCUUCGGAGCCUUGACAUUUCAAGUCAAACUCAACAAUGAUGGGUCAAAGCUUGAUGCGGCAGCAGUGCAGACGGUGAUGAUGAGGUUGCUUUCCUGGACGGCGCAAAUUGACCGGGCUGGAGAGGGCCAGAUGGUUCGCAAAAAGCUGUGUGCCACACUUGCAACWUUCUUUCUGAGGUCCCCGAUCCCCUGGACGCGACCUCUUUUGCAUCUGGCCGCAUCGUUCCACCGCGGCGAUGCUGUACCCGAGGAUCAACUUUCCGCCGCCCACGAUGCCAUAUCACAAUUUCUGCCGCUAAUGUCAGAGUCUCAAAUUGCAACUCUGUUGUGGCUUUCGAGCUCACUAGCUACAGAUGCGACCACGCUGGACAGCACUACUCCGUCCAACGCACUGAUACAUCAACAAAUGGAAAUUCUCGUUAAUGACGCCAGCAAGAUCAUGCACCAUGCCCUGAGACUUUCAGCGACCCCGGAAUUUGUCUCCCUGAAAGGCCAGGCACUCGCAUCGUUUCUAAAUUGGGUCAACUAUGCACAGCCAAUGUGGCCUGCAAAGCCAGCGGCAUUGCAACAUCUCCGUCGGCUUGUAGCAGACGUCUUCCCACUCCUGAACGACGAGGAUGACAUUCGCGGGGAGGCUAUGGAUGUGAUUAGAGACAUUCUGGAAAGCUACACAAGCUUCUUCCAGCCGCAGCACAUGGAACUUCUGGCGGUAACCAUGUACCAAAGUGCGCACCCGCGCAUGCUGGCAGCUCUACGAGAUGGCGAUCCGGAAGUUUUGCAAGUCGCUCAGCUCGUCAUUGCGUACGGGGUCGCCAACAUACAACAUGUGGUCGAGCAGACCGAUGACGAAUACGGCUCGCGCGCGAUAAUGCAGCUUCUUUUUGCCAUACUGGAGAGUCCGGGAAUCCCCGGUGAUGAUGACGAGGUGUCAGCUUUGAGUAUCGAGUUCUGGAAUACGUACAUUGAGUAUGUCAACGAUAUCGUGCACUCGCGCGAGGAGGACAGCUCCCUUCCUCCUUGGCUGCAGCAUGACAAGGCAUUGUGCAUAAACCUCACUCGCGUCUUACUCUCCAAACUCAAGACACCCUCUCCUGAAGCGUCACAGAACUGGACCGAUGCAGAGACGGAGGCUUUUCGCGAAUUUCGAACAGACACAUCCGAUCUCAUGCUUUCUAUCUACAUCCGUCUAGGGGAUCAAAUGCUCGAGCAGUUCAUCACAAUCGCAAUGGAUUCUCUGGCAUCUCAAGAGUGGCAAAGCUUAGAAGCGGCCUUGUUCUGUGCCAAUGCCCUUGGGGAUAAUGCACUCGAGGAAUCAGGCGCCGAACCACAUCUCGCCCAGCUCUUCGGUUCGACUCUGUUUCGCGACAUUGCCGACUUCAAUCUUUCCAUUCCCACGCAAACACGCCGGACUGCAAUCGAUGUGCUGGGUACAUAUGGUCAGUACAUUGAACGCCACCCGCACUUCCUGCCCGAUACGCUGAGGUUCUUGUUCGGGUCGUUGGAGAACCAUGGUCUAUAUCUGAGCGCCUCAAAGUCGAUUGCCGCCUUAUGCUCUGCAUGCCGGAACAGCCUUACGGGCGAGGUGCAAAGCUUUAUCGCGCAGUACAAUCGCUUCGCCGCCGGGCCAACGAGUGAACCUUUCACCAAUGAAAAGGUAAUCGGUGCCAUCGCCGCAAUCGUCMAGGCUAUUCAGCCAGAGAUUGCAAAGGCGCAACCUCUGUCCGCUCUUCUCGACAUUGUCGACGGGAUGGUUGGCAACGCCAAAAAGAUGGCUGGACAAUCCGACGCGGAAAAGGCACACGAGAUUGGCGUUUCAGCGAUUCAAUGUCUAGCUAGCAUUGGCAAGAGCUUACAAACACCCGAUGAUUUCCCAAUCGACCUUUACGAGGACAGCACCAAGCCAUCAGCGGUCACUGAUAACUUCUGGAAGAGCCAAGAGGGGCAAGACAUACAACUGCGUGUGGUCAACACCUGCUACGCGGUCUUACAGCUCUUCCCUGGUUCGGGCGAGGCAGUCGAUGCAGUCUGUCAGGUUCUCAAACAGGGAUUCACCGAACACGAGCCUGGACCAUUUGUCUUCCCYCCGGCAGUGACCGUCGGAUUUCUGGAACAGUGCACGCUCACCACACCGCAGAUUGAGUCCGUCCUCGCAAUAACGUCUACGCUGAUAGUACAGCACUCUAGAAGGGGCAUCGUACACAUCGACGCCGAAGUCGAUCGUGCGUAUCGGAAAGCGUGUGCCCUGAUCCAAGGCCUCGCAGAGCCAAGUCAAGAUCCCGGCAUUGCGCAAGCUUGUAUCGAGGUAUUCCAUCGCAUGAUACCACGAUAUACCCACAUCCUUCUGGAUAUGUCUUCACCAUCCGGUGACCUCGUCCCGCCUAUCCUGGACUUCGUGAUCAAGGCUAUCGACGGCGCGGAUCUCCUACCGAAACGAUCUGCGGCCGAGUUCUGGUUUAAGAUCAUCAAGCCUUCACCGCAGCCAGCUGAUGCGACUGUACGUGCUCGCUUGGAGCAGGUCGUAGCGGGUUAUGGUCCAACGCUGUGUCAGGCGCUCGCCAACCAGAUCGUCGGGCGUGGUCAGCGCUCCGAGCUUGACCAGUUGUGUGAACCUCUCAAAGCCCUCAUUCAGACGCGGCCACAGACUAAGGGCUGGUUGGACGCGGCGCUCUCCAGCGAUGCGCUGCCAGCCAUAGUUGGCACCGACGUUGGGGAAGCCGAAAAGCGGAGAUUUGUGCAAGCAGUCAUCUCGGUCAGAGGAGACAGCAAAAAGACGAGAGACCUUGUCAAGAACUUUUACGCUGCCUGUCRUGGAACCAUUGUCAGCUUUUCUUAG